AUGUCAGCAUUCAAACAAUUUAAAGAUUUCUUAUUUUCAAAGCAGUCGUUGAAGUAUGUUUGUACUACUCAUUUUUGGGGACCAGUAUCAAACUUUGGUAUUCCUGUUGCUGCGAUUUUAGAUUUAAAGAAAGAUCCAGACUUAAUAAGUGGUCCAAUGACAGGAUCAUUGAUAAUUUACUCCCUCGUUUUUAUGAGAUAUUCUAUGGCAGUUACACCUAAAAAUUAUCUUUUGUUUGGUUGUCAUUUUGUCAAUGAGUUGGCGCAAUUGGGUCAAGGGUUCAGAUGGAUUAAAAAUACUUAUGACAAAGAGCCCGCGAGCACCUCAACAGGUCCCAAGUAA